CAGCUGCCAAAGAAGCAAGCAAGCCAGGCCCCCACCUGCGGCCAAGUGGACAGGCGACUGCUCGCAGGGAUCCGGGGGCGCGUUGACCGAGGUCCCAGCCUCCAGGAGAUGCUGCAGACCAUCCACCUGUGAGAAGAGAACAGCUCCAGCAAUCUGUCGCCUUUGCCCCAAGUCCUCCCAGGGUCGAAACCUUCCCCACUCCCAAAACCUUACAGUUCUGAAGAGGCUUGACUCGGCAGCGCCAACUGACCGGUCCACUUCCACUGUCACCCUCAUCCGCAAGCUUAAGGCUGCAGGAAAGUGGGGGGGGGGGCCUGCGUCUCACCUCUGGAUUGCAAUCCAGCAACAGCAUUUUCCCCCGAAGCAGAGGACCGGCGCGCGCAGGAGCGCGGAGCGGCGGCAAUCGCGGCGGAGCAGAACAUACAUUGUGCAAAGAGGAUGAAGCUGACAAGUGAAAAGUUGCCCAAGACUCCCUAUUAUACUUCUUUAUCUCAGCGUAUUGCUAAGAGCCAAAAACUCUUCCAAUGGAAAAAGGAAAAUACUGACCGUUACAGUCAUGCUAAUUUGGUGGAUAAGGCAUUGCAGCUCUUGAAGGAAAGAAUAAAAAGAGGGGAUGCCAUGGCAUUAUUUCUACGAGGUCAAUUAUACUUUGAAGAGGGAUGGUAUGAAGAAGCAUUAGAACAGUUUGAAGAAAUCAAGGAAAAUGAUCAUCAAGCAAUUUACCAGCUAGGAGUAAUGUAUUAUGAUGGGCUGGGAACGACUGUACAUGCUGAAAAAGGAGUGGAAUAUAUGAAGAAAAUUAUUGAAUCACCAUGUCCCACAGCAAGACACUUACACUUUGCAGCCGCUUAUAACCUCGGAAGAGCUUAUUAUGAAGGGAGAGGCAUUAAUCGGUCAGAAGAGGAAGCAGAAAGACUGUGGCUUUUUGCUGCAGACAAUGGAAAUCCAAAAGCUAGCGUGAAGGCUCAAAGCAUCCUCGGAAUGUAUUAUUCCACAAAGGAGCCUAAAGAGUUAGAAAAGGCUUUUUAUUGGCAUUCAGAAGCAUGUGGCAAUGGAAAUUUGGAGUCCCAGGGUGCGCUGGGGAUCAUGUACCUUUAUGGACAAGGCAUCCGCCAGGACACCGAAGCUGCGCUGCACUGCUUAAGGGAAGCAGCAGAACGUGGAAAUGUCUAUGCUCAAGGGACUCUCGUGGAGUAUUACUAUAAGAUGAAAUUUUUUACAAAGUGCUUUGCAUUUUCCAAAAGGAUUGCUGACUACGAUGAGGUUCACGAUAUUCCUAUGAUAGCCCAGGUCACAGACUGUCUUCCUGAAUUCAUCACCAGAGGCAUGGCCAUUGCAUCUUUCUACCAUGCAAGAUGUCUUCAGCUUGGUUUGGGUGCUGCAAAGGAUGAAGCAACAGCUAAACACUAUUAUUCUAAAGCCUGUCGUCUGAAUCCUGCACUGGCAGAUGAACUUCACUCUUUACUUAUUCAUCAAAGAAUUUAGACCAUGAUGUAUUUCAACAAAGAUCAUCAAUCCUAAAACCUCAGAAUGCCUCACCUGGAAUGUUCUCAAGUAGCUUUUGCUGGGCUCUCUGUUUUGUUUCCUGACUUUGUUCUUUGCUUCUGAUUGUGGUUGGUGGCGCCAGCUUCCCAUUUGGCCAAAAAGCAUCCCGGAAAACAUUGAUGUAGUAAACCAACAUUUGCUCGCUGAAAAUCCAAUUCACUGUGUCUCGGAUUUGUCUGUUAAGAGAAAAAUAUUUCUUGGGUAAGGUUUUAAAAAAUAUUGCACUCUAUCUCAAAUUUCAUUUAUCAAGGAGUAGGCUAAGAUACAACCUGAUCUAAACAUUUGAUGAAUAA